AUGCCUUUCCGACUACAUCUCAUUCGGCAUGCCGAGGGUAUCCAUAACCCCGGCCAUGACACAACAAUCCUCGACCCGAUUUUGACAGAGAGGGGAAUCAAACAAGCAGAGGACCUGUCUCACGACUUUCCUUACAGUGAAAGCGUGGGUCUGGUACUUACAUCACCUCUUACACGUACCCUUCACACAGCACUGGGCGGGUUCCAAAAGACCCUGGAUGAGAAGUACUUCGCCAAUAACUCCGGCGUGCCAAACGGCGCAAGACUUCUUCUAGAGCCUGAUAUUCAGGCCCACUCUGCACGUCCCUGUGAUACAGGCUCCGACUGGUCGGUUCUGCGAUCAAGAUUCCCUUAUCUGUCGUGGGACUUGCUUGAACUGGACCCUGCCUUCCCUGCCAAAACGGGCCGGUAUCUACCUGAACAGGAGGCUUUGGAGCUUAGAGGACGGGCGGUGCAGCAAAGAUUGAAGGAGCAGUUUGAAGAGCUGGAGGGGAGUGAUCGACCUGAUAUUGCUCUUGUGACCCAUGGAGGGUUAAUGAAAUUUGUUUCGAACGACCAUAAAGUGCCAGACACAGGGAAGUGUCGUACUGUCUCGGUCACAUUCGAUGACGAGUCCAGACUGAUAGUACAGGACAUUGCGGCCGAGUAA